ACAAAGGAGUUGCGUGCCUGAAUGAAGCCGGGAAUGAGCUUCACCAUUGCAUGAGCAAGAUGCGCCACGAAAUGGAGAUCGGCGUGGUUGCUGCACCCAGAAAGGAAGUCGUCCACUAUUCUUGUUGUGCAUUCUACAAGGUCCAAGACUGUUUCGACGACGCCUUGUUGCCGUGUCCAAACGCAGCAGCGAAGGAAUUCAUGAACACCGUUCUGGACAAAAUAGUCGGGGAAGUCUUGAGUCUCGUUUGCGGCAAAUACUCGAGGGGAUCCACCGCCUGCAUGGAGCUGCCAGGGUUGGCACCGCCGUACCCGAGUAGUCUUGGCAGCAGAGACCUUUUCGAACUGGCCAUAGAAAAUGCUGCCAUCCUUGGUUCAAGGGGGUCUUGACAUUUCGUAGCGGUGAAACGAAUGUCAAUGAAGCAUACUGUUUUACCGUUUUGCUGUGCUGUGUGGACUUUGCGAUAAUCUCAUCUUCGUAAAUGAAUUACAGGUUAGCUCUUUUACCGACCAUGGUGAUGCACUAAUAAAGGCAAUAUUGCUGUAA